GAGUGGGUCUCUCCUCUCUCUCGCGUGGGGAGAGCUGUUCGCCUCGCCUCGCCUCGCCUUGCCGCACCACCACUGGCUGGGGCCAGCACGCCACUUCCGGGAUCCGUCAUUGCGCUCGCCCACCGCUCGGUGCGCUCGGUGCGCUCGCUCAGUUGUGUUCGGAGUACGCGAGCCGGCGGCCGCCAAGCUGACAACACUCGCUGACACUCAUCCGCUCAGCAGCCAGCAACAAAACAACCCACAGACCCACCGACCGGCGGACCUGGACAGACUUUUUAUUUUUUUUUUUGUAUAGUUUCCUUUUUUUUUUUGUAUUUCUUUUUUAGCCUCCUCCCUCUCCGUCCGCGUGUGCGAAAAGUCCACAGUGGGGCGAAGCAGACAUUUAAAGGAGACAGAGCGGAGAGAGGACUUACGAGGGGGAGGACGACACCGGACUAACGCGCACGGCACCCGAAAAAAACACACACAAGAAGAGAGAGAGAGAGAGAGAGAGGGAGUGAGAGGGAGAGAGAGAAAACUUGAACAUCAUCGCCGAGCGUCAUUCAUUCAUUACCUUGACAACCUCUGGCUUUGAUUGACAGCCGGAGUGGCAAAAAGCCAUGAUAGACGCGACAGUUGACUUUACGCGUUGAUGGGCCCAUUGUAAACCUUUUUUUUUUUUUUUUUUUUUUUUUCGCCCUCUCUUUCCCCUCUCUCCUUAUUUUUUUGACACUUUUUAAAAAAUAUAUAUUAUUCCUAGGAGGACAAUCCGAUGCGACGAUUGCAACGCAACCGCCCUGGCGAAUAGGAGAAUUCGCCUGAACAAAACAAAAAGUUAAGUCGAAAUAAGGUGGAGGCGAAAGAGAGAGCUGGGAUUUUUUUUUCCCACGCGGACGAGUGGGAUAUUAAAUAUUAUACACACACACACACAAAAAAAAAAAAAUCAGCACGGCAUAUUAAGGAGUUUAUUGGAGCCUGAUGGCGCAAAGGUACGACGAGCUGGCCCACUACGGGGGCAUGGACGGCGUAUCGGCGUCCAUGUACGGGGACCCGCACGCGCCCCGGCCGCUCCCGCAGGUCCACCACCUCAACCACGGACCGCCGCUGCACGCCAGCCAGCACUACGGAGCCCACGCUCCGCACCCCAACGUCAUGCCCACCAGCAUGGGCUCGGCCGUCAACGACGUCCUAAAGAGGGAUAAGGACCAGAUUUAUGGGCAUCCCCUCUUCCCGCUGCUCGCUCUGGUCUUCGAGAAGUGCGAACUGGCGACGUGCACGCCGAGGGAACCCGGCGUGGCCGGGGGAGACGUGUGCUCCUCGGACUCCUUCAACGAGGACAUCGCGGUGUUCGCCAAACAGGUGCGAGCAGAAAAACCUUUAUUUUCAUCAAAUCCAGAGUUGGACAAUUUGAUGAUACAAGCCAUACAAGUAUUACGGUUUCACCUCUUGGAAUUAGAAAAGGUUCACGAGCUUUGCGACAAUUUCUGCCAUCGGUACAUCAGCUGUUUGAAAGGAAAAAUGCCAAUAGAUUUAGUGAUCGACGAGCGGGAUGGAAGCUCCAAAUCGGACCACGAAGAGCUUUCAGGCUCGUCGACGAAUCUCGCUGAUCAUAACCCGGCGUCCUGGAGAGACCACGACGACGCCACGUCCACGCACUCGGCCGGCACGCCGGGGCCCUCCAGCGGGGGCCACGCGUCGCAGAGCGGCGACAACAGCAGCGAACAAGGCUUUAUUUUCCGCCCAGGAGAUGGUUUAGACAACAGCGUGGCAUCGCCCGGCACAGGGGACGAUGACGACCCGGACAAGGACAAGAAGAGGCAGAAGAAACGCGGGAUUUUCCCCAAAGUGGCCACCAACAUCAUGAGGGCGUGGCUCUUUCAGCAUCUAACGCACCCGUACCCGUCUGAAGAGCAGAAGAAGCAGCUAGCCCAAGACACGGGCCUCACCAUCUUACAAGUAAAUAACUGGUUCAUUAAUGCCAGGAGAAGAAUAGUACAGCCCAUGAUUGACCAGUCGAAUCGAGCAGGUUUUCUUCUUGAUCCUUCAGUGAGCCAAGGAGCAGCGUACAGUCCCGAAGGCCAGCCCAUGGGCAGCUUCGUGCUGGACGGGCAGCAGCACAUGGGGAUCCGGCCGGGCGGUCUGCCAGGCGUGCCGGCCGACUACGUACCUCAGAGCGGUCCUAUGGGCGUGAGCAUGGCCCCGGCCCCUUACAGCAACCCCCGUCAGAUGACCUCCUACCCCGGCCAGCUGCGUCACGUGCACCCUCCUCUCCACGCGUACCCCCACCACCAUCACCGCGCCAUGCUAAUGCACGGAGGAGGCUCCUCAUCACACCCGGGGAUGUCUGCGCAGAGACCCCCCUUGCUCACGCCCAUGGACCCCGCCACUGCAGGAGCGGGCCUGGACAUCCACGCCUGACAGUCAGAAGGGAAACUUUUGUUGGGCGACCGCCGCGGCCACUUUUUAAAUAAAGAAAGAGGGGAAAAAAAGGCAGUGGCGCCAUUUUUUGAGACUUAUUUUUUAAGAGUAACAAUCGAAAAAGCCUUUGGAGCAGAACUGAAGAAUUCCAGACAAACUGUGACAACCACAACUUUUUCUUUUUUUCUUUUUUUUCUAACAUUUGUUACAUUUUGACCCGAGCGGAGGACCAAGUUGACUUUGUAAAGUCUUGGGCUUUAAAAAAAAACAACCACAAAAACAAAAAAACUCAAAACACUCUUUUCAUGUGGCGCUUCUAAAAAAGAGAGAAACAUCACUCUGGAAGACUUUUAAAAGGAAAAAACAAACUCCAAGAGUUAUAACUACUGUAGUAUAAUUAAAAAAUAUAUAUAGGUAAAUAAGUUAAAACUUGUUUUGGAUCACAUGUUGGUUUUGUUUGUUUGUUUGUUUUCUUUUAGUUUUUAGGAUUUAACCCUUUUCGGAGGAUUUGCAGCACAGCACUAUGUCAACAAAGAAGAUGGAACAUCUCAAAAGGCUUCAACAUGGGCCACAAGGUCCGAAACAUCCCCUCAACCCCUCCCAAGGCAUGAUGGGAAAGGGCUGCUAGAUGACACCUUUGAAGAUUUGUCAUGCCUUU